AUGGUUGUGGCAUCAGCAUACAUUCUCCGACCUUGUCCUUUCAGGUAUUUCAUUGUUCUCCUUCACGAGCCUUCGUCAAACAAACCAAGCCUGAAGCAUACAGUUAUGCUGCCCGAGGAGGUGAAAGCUGAUUGGUCAAAAGUUGCUUCUUCGGGUUUUGCCUGCUUUAGCAACCCUGGACCAGAACAAUGUCCGCGAAAUGGUGGACAGGUGAAUUAUGCAGAUGCUGUGCUGAGGCUCGUGAAUCCGAGCCGGUCAUUGACAACAGUCAAGCGAGACGUUUCGGGUGCCUUAAAUAUAUUUGAAAUGACAAUGAGCACGGCAGAAGCGAAGCCUGAGUGCCGUACUCUUCAAAGUGCAGUGCUCGUCAAGGAUGUCUGGUGUACCAUUCAGACUGCACGUAUUGAUAUUCUUAUUGAGCUUAAGAUGCCUAUUCGGUCUAUGUUUGACGUAUUACUCCCUAGGGUAGAUCGUGUUUCGAUGGCCAUUCCGGGGGCCGUGCUGAACGUCAAGUUGGAGGAGAAGCUGUUGGAAAAUAGUGAUCGUUCAGCACACAUCCUGCAGCUUGCUGAAGUCAGGAUUCAAAACAUCAGUUCAAUCAUAGACGACAUUAAGCGCUCUAUUCCCAAAGCAGCAUUUGACGACUGGAGGAAAUGGGUUCUGGCGAACACGGGAAUGCUUCUACAACAGGCAGUUCGUCAGCGCGGAAUAGAACAAUGUCAAUGGUAG